AUGGAUUCAGGGAAGCUGCCCGAUGGUGGUCGACCCUCUCCCGAGCUCUGUCUCCCGCUGCCGCCCAGCCUAUCUUCUAUUGAUCUCUCGCCCACCUUCCUUACAGUCGCUCUCGAAAGUCUUCUCGUCGGUAUCUUCAUCAUCCUCACCUCCGCAUCACUUUAUCUAUGGUUCGGCCGAGCCAGGAGGAAUGCGACAACGACUUCACGUUCUAAACUCCGCGCGGGCUGCCUCACAUUCUGUAGAUGGAUUCGAAACCCUUUGGUCUUUGGGAGCAUUGUACUCUUCGUCAUCGUCCUGGCUCACUGGGCCGGCACAACCACGCGCUUGAUGAUAGCGAUAUCUAUUCUAAACGAGAACCGCUCACCGCUCAUGUUCUACACCGACCUCGCCCAUCCAACUUCCGUGUUGCUGUGUUUACUCGUCGCCAUCUCUGCGCCCGUUGUAGACUCUCUCUUGAUAUGGAGAUUAUGGGUAGUCUCUGGUAGAUCCAAGAUCCUGAUCCUCCCACCCAUUCUCGCAGUCGCGACGUUCCUCGCGGAUGGCCUGAGAGUCACAGUUUGGUUCACGAAUGCGCACGGAAAGUCGAUAUUCGACCCUGAAAUCAAGUACUGGAUACUCGCAAACAUCGUCCUUACAGCACUAUCUAAUCUUUACUGUUCCGGCGAGUGUUCCCCGCUUUCUCUCCGUCUAAUCAUUGUCGCUAAAUUUCGAAUUCUAGUUGGCCUCAUGUACCACAUUUAUCGAAUCAGCACCGAAAUGAGCAAGGCGUACACAGAAGACUCCUCUCUUCCACCUACGCGGUCCAUACUAAACAUCAUCAUCGAAAGUGCCACCAUCCAUACCGCCUGGUCGAUUCUCACCCUCGUCUCCUACAUAACCCAAAACAACAUCGCGAUCAUGACACUCGACAUGGGUCCAGUGGUCGCCUCCAUCGCCUUUAUGCUCAUCAACGUCCGAGUGGGGCUUGGAUGGGAUAUUCGUCGUCGAACAGAGUGCGAGUAUGACCAUGAUAGUCGGUAUACUCAGCCGCCGUCGAGGUUCGAAGCUGCACGGAGGUCGCGGACGUCGUCGAAUCAGGAGUUGUUAUCCGAGUCGUCCUCGAAGCGGAGUACGUUGAGGAGUACAUUGAGGAGUUCUGACAUCCCGAUGUCUAGUUUGAGUCGAUGGGACACGAAUACGACUAAGGUUUGA